UUCCCGUGAAAGAAACGACGGUCAAUACACAUGAGGUAAUUCUGCACUGCGCCGCACGUACGUGUUUAGGUGUCCUAGUAAAAUAAUGGGCUGUGUCACUUUGUCACAGUGUGUAGUUUUAUGCGUCGGGGAUACCAGGAUAUGUACAGCCUGUCGGGCUUGAUCAGACAGUAGAUCAACAAUAAAGUUUUAAGGAACAUAUGAAGUCAGCAACAAGCUAAAGUAACACUACAUUUUUGGAUGUACCAAGUCAUUCUUUCUAAUCAUGGAUUUAAAAGGAACAUUUUUUGACAGUUCUGUUGCAAUUCCUAUACAGAAGCUUGUAACAAUUGUUUGUGUAUAUCUUGUGUUCACAACUCAUAAUGGAUGUGCACAGGUGUAUGUUACAGACAAUACCAUUCCAGAAAAUGUUGCCAAUGGUGUAACACUAUUUGACCUCAGCACAGUCUUGCCCAAUUUCUCUUACACAGUAACUGGCAACAUCGCCAAUGUGACUGCAAUGUUUCAAAUCAAUAGCAAUGGUCAAUUAGCCUUAGCAAGUAUUUUGUCAGAGACUAACAGAAAACGUUUUGAUUAUGAAAAAUAUCCUGUGUUUGAAGUCUAUUUAACUGCAACAAGUAGAAGCAAUAGUACUGAUGUCAGAUAUGUGACUGUUCGAUUGAGACUGUCAGAUGUGAAUGAUGAACCACCAAUGGUUAUAAAUCAGCCAGUUCCAUAUUUAGCUGUGGUCUCACCAGCAGCAAGCUCAGGCACUACUGUUUACACCUUAACAGUCUCUGACCCAGAUACAGUGCCAGUCAAUAAACCGAAUCCACAAUUUCAGAUUCUUUUGCAAACACCUAAUAACAGGUUCACAUUAUCAGCUGUGGAUGGUAAUAGAGUCAAUAUUAUUACAGCGUUAUCGGAUCCAUUUCCUCAAGGCACAGAAUAUGUUCUCAAUAUUCAAGUACAAGAUGAUGCCGGCAAUAAAAAUCAGGAACCUAUAGUAGUAAAAAUACUAGUUGGUCAGCGCUCACCACAGUUUUUUGCCACUGCUUAUGUGGGACAGAUCUAUGAAACAAAUACCCCACACUAUUUACUGAACGGUAGCGGCCAGACACUAGAAAUCAAAGCAUUACAGUUCCAGACAGGAUCACCGCUUCAGUUUAGGCUGGUGGAUACCAACAGCGCCAAUUACUACUCUGGAUAUUAUUCCUUAGAAGGUCAACCUCCUUCUGGCAAUGUUCAGUCUAUCAAACUAAAGAGCAGCCAGCCUAUUGACUAUGAGCAAGUGACUACAAUGCUUACCAGUGUUCUAGCCAUAGACCCAGUGUCUCAGCAGACUAGCACAGCCUCAUUGACCAUUAAUAUAUUGGAUGAAAAUGACAACGCACCAGUGUUUUCUGUGGUUCAGUACUUUGGAACAGUGCCUGAAAAUUUAGCUGUUGGAAGCUCAGUACUAAGAGUGACUGCAAGUGACAGAGACAGUGGACAGAAUGGAGUUAUCACUUUUUCAACAAACAGUGCUUACUUCAGUGUUGAAACGUUGAGAAACAAUUCAUAUUAUGUUGGAACCAUCAAAGUCAAAAGUCCUUUGGAUUUUGACCAACCUCCUGGACCAGUUUACAAUUUUAAUGUUACUGCCACAGACAACGGCACGGAACCUAAAACUACCACAGUGCCAGUCAUAGUGUCUGUCACCAAUGUGAAUGAUAACCCACCACUAAUUGAUAACGGAACCAGCACUUUUAGGUUGAUGGAAACUUCAGCAAAAGGGGAUGUUGUUGGUAUUAUCAAAGCCUCAGACAUUGAUGGAGAUGGUGUCAGGUUUUUUUUUAUUGGACGUGUGCCAGCAAAUGAGAUCUUCACAAUUGGAGAACUCUCUGGUGUCAUCACAUUGAGUGAUGUAAUACCUAAAGAAAAAGAUGUGUACUACCUGCCUGUCAUAGCAGAAGAUGACAGUCGAUGUUGUGCGGGGAACUUCAAACUCACAUCAACAGCAACGUUUACAGUCAACAUCAUUGGCAUCAACGCCCAAAAGCCAACAUUCACCUCAUGUAAUACUUAUGAUGGAAGCGCCACAGUAAAGGAAAAGGCUCCCAUGGGAACACCCGUUUUUCAGGUCUCAGCCUAUGACCCAGAUAGAGGUGAAAAUGGGCGAGUUAUUUAUAAAUUAAGCAGUCCAGAUCCUGAUAGUGAAAAUGCCCCAUUUGUUAUGAAUUCAACUAGUGGUAUGAUAUCUGUGAAAGGCACCAUCACUAGAGUAGCAAUUGAUUACAUCCAGGUGACAGUCAUUGGCAGUAAUCCUCCCCCUGCUGUGAUGGAAGGAUGGUGUACAUUCCGUGUGGCUAUCAUAGAUAUUAAUGACCACCCGCCUGUUUUCUCCAAACAAAAUUUUGAUGCUCAGAUUAGCAGGUCUACACCAAACAACACAGCAAUAAUCAAGAUGUUUGCUACAGAUGAAGAUGUGGGGGCCAAUGCCAACAUAACAUACUCAUUUUCCAAUGCUUCUAACAUGUUCAGCAUUGAUUCAGUAACUGGUGUGGUCAGACUAAUUGGAAUUUUAAACCCACAGGUGGACUCGUCCUACACUUUGAUUGUGGUAGCCAAUGAUAACGGCAAGGAUCCUGGUCCACUCAAAGGCAACACUACCCUGACUAUUACAACUAAAGCUUCAGGAGUAGCACCAUCGUUUGUGAGUCUGCCUCCAAGUUUAUCAAACUUCAAUAUUAGUGAAACGCCAUUACCGGGGACAGUAGUGACUACUUUUUCAUGCAAAUCAAACAAUAAUAAACCUGUGGAGUUUUUAGUGCUGGAUGCUGGGACUACCAUUGCCUCCACUACAUUUGACAAACAGAUGGUAGAUGGAUCCAAUCCAACCACGAUGAACCUGGUGCUGAGACCUUUUGUCACUUUAGAUUAUCUCAGUAAGAAGCAGUACCAGUUAACUAUUGUUUGUCUGACAUUGGAUGAUAAUCCAGGCCGAGUUGAGAUAUAUCCUACAGUGAAUGUCUUAGAUGCCAACAAUAAGAUCCCUACCUUUGUAGGCUUAGACAUUAAUGGCAGGUACGCUGGAUCAGUUAGUGAGAAUCAGCAAGUUAAUGCUACAGUUAUCCAAGUCUCAGCUAAUGAUCAGGACACUGAAAUCGAUUUUAAAACCGUCACUUUUUCAAUUAUAGAUGACAACCAGAAUUUCAGCAUUCGUUCUGAUGAUCAAAACAGAGCCACCAUCUUGACCAAUGUGAUGUUUGACAGGGAAAGACAAGAUUUGUACAUUGUUAGAAUACGUGCUCAAGAUGGUGGGAAUGGACCUGUAAAGAACACUGCCACAGUUGCAGUUUAUGUCAGAAUUACAGAUGUGAAUGACAAUGCUCCUUAUUUUCCAUAUGCCACAUACUCUUUUAAUGUCUCAGAGUCAGCUAAAGUCAGUGAGGAUGUUGCUACAGUAAUAGCCAUCGAUCCUGAUUCAAUUGACAAUGAUACCUUAAACUACAGAUUCACCCCUGAAACCAAUUACCUAAAUGCCUUUUAUAUCCUGGAUGGUAUUGGACAAAUAAAAGUAGCUAGAAAGUUGGACUAUGAAAAUGCAAAUGAGCCAAAGACCUAUAACCUGACUCUGAUUGCAACAGACUCUAAUCAACUUCACAGUGCCACUACUAAUGUACAGAUUUCAGUCAUCGAUGAAAAUGAUAAUGCUCCAGAGUUUGUUCAGUCAACUUACUCUGUGAUAGGGCUAGUGACUGAAGAGGAUACAACAGUCACUCCACAAAAUCCAAAGUUCUUAGUGAAGGUGAAUGCUACUGAUAAAGACAAGUCUCGACCUCAAACAGACAUUCGCUACUACUUGAUUGGGACAGUCACCAACUUUACCAUCAAUGAGAGGACGGGAGAAGUUUAUCUGACCGGUGCUUUGGACAGAGAUGUGCCCAACCCUGUCUACGGUGUGACGGUCAAAGCAGAAGACGAACGUAUCAAUCCACUUUAUGGCUACGCGGAUGUUUUGGUUUAUCCCAUGGACAUCAAUGAUAAUGAUCCUGUAUUUGACCAAGCGUCUCUAAAUGGCAGGCUGAAAGAGAACCUUGCUAAUGGAAAUUUCUGCAUGACUGUGGUGGCAAGGGACAAGGACGACGGCUUGAAUGGCACUGUCAGUUACUUUGUGUCAAAGUCACAGCCUAGCCCUGACAGGUCGGCACUGUUUACUAUUAAAACCACUUCUGGAGACAUUUAUGCUACAGGACGUCCUGACCAGUACGAUCGUGAGACGAAUGAAUAUAUGUUAUUGGUUAUUGAAGCACGUGACGGUGGUAAUCCCUACAGAUCAGCUACAGCAACUGUCACUAUCACCCUUGAUGAUGACAAUGACCAGAUUCCAUUUUUCCCACUGCCUCUAUACACUGCUACAAUGUCAGAAAUCACCACUUCUGGAAGUAUUCUCCUAGUGCCUGCUAUUGAUCUGGACCUGGAUCCCAAGCUUCAGUUUAAACUUUUAGGAUCCCCAGGAAUAGAACACUUCAUUGUUUCUACUUUAGGUCAUCAGGCUAAUAUACAAAUCUCAAAGCCAGUGGAUUAUGAAACUGACCCACAUGUCUACAACAUGACACUUUAUGUUCAUGACGAGAUUGAUACCCAUAUAAACUCCACUCAGAUCCAGAUAUUUGUCACCGAUUACAAUGACAAUCCUCCAGUGUUUGAAUCUAGUUCCAUCACAGUCCAAAUGCUGGAGGAAAGACCUGCUGGAACCUAUGUGGCCACUUUUAAAGCUAGAGAUGCUGAUUCAGGCCUGAAUGGAGAAUUUGAUUUUACAAUUGUGAGAUCCUCUGACCCACGAUAUGAAUUCUACAUUGAUCCCAAGUCUGGCAACGUUACAACGAGGAAACCUGUGGACAGAGAAGUCUCAGACGUUAGACGACUCAUUAUUCUUGCUACUGAUAAAGGUGAGAUUCCAUUAAGUAGUUCUGCUAUGCUGUCAGUUCUUCUGGCUGACAUCAAUGACAAUGCUCCAUCCUUCAAAGACGACUACCGACCAGUUGUUCCAGAGAAUCAAAACUUUGAUAAUACAUUGGUUGUAGAAAUCUUUGCCAAGGAUCCAGAUACACCUGACAAUGGACCACCAUUUGGAUUUAAACUUCCCGACUCCUGUGAUGUACCAGCAUGCCAGUUUUUUAGUUUGACCUAUAACCAAAAUGCUGAUGGAAACAAAGGCACAGCCACCAUUAGAACAAAGGUUGUCAGAUUUGAUCGCGAGCAAGCAAAAUAUUAUCUGCUACCCAUUGUCAUGUGGGACAGAAAUGGCAAGCAAGACUCUAGAACUGCCACCAACACUCUGACUAUAGUCAUUGGUGAUGAGAAUGACAAUGAUCAGAAGUCUGGACACCAAAAUAUUUAUGUUUACAACUAUGAAGGUCAGUUAUCUGAUGCGCAGAUUGGUAGAGUCUAUGUCGAUGACCCUGAUGAUUGGGACUUGCCUGACAAAACAUUUAACAAUCUUCUACCAGCUACCUUACAAAACUAUUUCAGUGUGGCUCCAGACACUGGGAUGCUCACCAUGAAGAAAGGUGUUCCUGUAGGGACAUAUAAUUUUCAGGUGACAGUCUAUGACAAGAAAUUUUCCUCAACUGUAACAGGGAGUGUGACAGUUACAGUCCAACAACUUAGUGAUGAGGCCGUCAUGAAGUCUGGAUCGAUUCGACUUAGUGGUAUGACUGCCGAAGAGUUUGUAACUACUUCAGGCUCUGGGCCUACCGCAACUAACGCCUACGAUAAGUUUAGAACCAAACUGGCCAGUCUGUUGGGCUACAACAGCAAGGAUAAUGUACAAAUUGUUUCCCUAACUGAUGGAGAUGGCUACUUGGAUGUUCACUAUUCUGUCCAUGGUAGCCCUUAUUCCAAUCCAUCGCAGAUAGAGAGUGCUAUCAUGUUAAAUCAGGGGGAGUUUGAGAAGGCUGUUGGAGUGACUGUAGUACAAGUCCCAAUUAAUCUGUGCAUGGAUGAGCUGUACGAUGAUGGAUGUUACACAGACUUUAAUUUCAACCAGCAACCUUACCUGGUCAAUGCAAACGGCACCAGUUACCUCCUGAUGAAGACAUCCUUGUCUGCCGAGGCUGGCUGCAUUGAUUCAGUUUUCCCAGAGCCAGAAGUUUGUAGGGGAGACUACUGUUUUAAUGGUGGUACAUGUGUCCAGGAUGACUGGGGCACAUUGAGUUGUACUUGUCCACCUGGCUAUGAUGGGCCACGGUGUCAACAGAGGCGACAUACUUUUGAUGGUUCUAGUAUAGCUUUCUAUGACAGCCUCUCCGUGUGCUCAGAAGGCAGGACAAGUAUAGAUUUUAUCACAACACAGGAGAAUGGUGUCAUCAUGUACAGUGGUCCACUUAGUACAACUGCACAGGGGCCAUCAGAUUUCCUGAGUCUAACACUGAGUGGAGGAUUGCCAGUACUCAAGAUUAAUCUUGGAACUAGAGAACUGUCUCUCACUCUACCAAGUAGCACAGCCAAACUGAAUGAUGGGAAAUGGCAUCAUAUAGACAUAGACAGAGACAACCAGAUUGUGACCAUGACAAUUGACCAUUGCGAGACAGCUCUAAACGGUGCCUCCAGCAAUGGUACUGUCAGUGACUGGAGUUCCUGCAGACGGUCAGACACUGUGCCUGGUCCUGAUGUUCUUCUCAAUGUCCAGUCUUUCCUUCAGUUAGGUGGUCAGUAUCAGUCUUCAGCCACAGGAUUUAGUGGAUGCCUUCGGAAUCUCGUCCACAAUACAAAGCUGUAUGAUCUGAGUUUUAACAUUCCUAAUUGGGGCUCUGGUACUAAUGGGUGUUCCAAUGAAGCGAGAGCUUGUGGAGAGAGCUCCAGCCAGCCUGUGUGUGGACAGAAUGCUACCUGUGACUCUGUAUGGUUGCCUACAGUUCAGAAAGCUUCUUGUCGCUGUGCCUCAGGAUGGUAUGGGAAUCAGUGUGCUAAAGAGGCCCCAAUAAUAGACUUAAAACAACAGAGUUACUUGAAGUGGAGUGUCAGUGCACCCAUCAUUGAACUAACGGUGAAGAAAAUGAGCUUCCAGAUGAUGUUUAGAACACGCAAGACUUCUGGUACUCUCUUCUUGUUGACCAAUGCUGCCCAGAACUCCAUCUUGUUACAGCUCAACUCCGGCAGAUUGACUCUAGUCUACAACAUGGGAGCAGGGGAGAAAAGAUUGGCUUUGUUUAAUGCCACUGCCAAUAAUGGCCAGUGGCAUACUGUCCGAAUGGAGAGAUACGGUUCUGAGUUUUUAUUAAGUUUGGAUGGCGGUGAAGGACGCAACUACAACUAUCAGAUGGCCAUACCCAGUCUUAGUGUCUUCUUCCGAAUGUUGACCUACUUUAGUGUUGGGGGCAGCAUCCUGCCUGUCAACACUGCACCAAGCUCAGUACCCGAUGAUUUAUUCAGCACUUGUGUGCGUGACAUUCGACUCAGUGAUAACUGGCUCCCCAUGACCAAAGCUCAGAAUAGUGAAGCUCUGUCUGGACUUGCUUUGUAUGACUCUGCCAAUGUAGUAGAGGGAUGUAUACGUAAUGACUGCGCAAAUGUUCCAGCAUGUCCACCCAAUCAAGAAUGUUACCCUCUCUGGGAGAUGUAUAAAUGCAGGUGUGUUCCAGGCUACAUUAUGGAUACCACUGGCUGUGUUUCUUUAUGCCAGUCUAGUCCAUGUUUAAAUGGCGGCACCUGUCAAGUGAUCAACAACCAAAUCUCAUGCCAAUGUCUUUCUGGCUGGUCUGGAGACGUGUGUGGCACAAUGGCCAUAGUAGAUGAUUCCUCACUCUCGGGUGGUGCCAUCGCAGGCAUAGUCAUUGCUUGUAUUGUCUUACUCAUUCUGGUCAUCCUGUUGUUGGUCUUCAUUUGUAUCAGGAGAAAACCAGAAGAAAAAGAAAAGUUUGUCCUGGAGGUUGAUCCUGAUGAUGAUUACAUUAGAGAGAAUGUGAUGUUUUAUGAUGAGGAGGGGGCUGGUGAGGAGGAUCAUGAUGCUUAUGACUUAACAUUGCUCCAGAAACCAAGUCUUGAAACUAUGGCGCGUCCAAACUUUUACCCAGACAAGGCAGAUGAAAUGACUCGUAAAAAUGCUCCUAGAGCUGAAGCUCAGCCUCGUCUAGACAGACCAGACGUCGGAACUUUUAUUGACAACAGGAUCAAGGACGCCGAGGAUGAUGAUCCCUUCGCCGACAGCACCCGCCAGUACGACUUUGAAGGUGCCAAUAGUGACGCAGGCAGUCUAAGCUCUCUCAACACCAGCAGUAGUGAUGCUAGCCAGGACUAUGACUAUCUCAGUGGCUGGGGACCCAAGUUUGCCAGGUUGGCUGAUAUGUAUGGAGCAGGUCAGAAUUUAGAAGAGAAUUCUUGAUUGCUCUCUGCAUCACUUCAUCCAUGAGUCAUGGCCUCAAUGCAUUAGUUUUUUUUGGAUGCCUUAGUUUUUUGUUAUCUUUUUUUUUCUGUAACUAACAGAGGCCUUAAACAUCAGAGCUGAAGCAGUACUUUUUGUAAAGUUAGCUAGGGAAAGUUUCCUUUUUUUGUAUAUAGUCAAUGCCUGUACAUACACUUUUUGAUCUGUAGCAUCAGUUUGUAGAACAAACAUUUUUAAUAGUUGACAUUGUGUUUUGACAUAUUUUUUUUUAAUAUGCUUUGUAUCAACCAUUUUGCUUUGAAAUCUCAAGUUCUUCUUGAUUGAGCUUUUUUUUGUUUCUAACACUAUAAAAUAUUGACAUCUUGUACAGUUUGAUCUCUUAAUGAAAUAUUUCAAGGGUUCCUAGUAUUUCUAGAGCUUUCUAUAAACCAAAAUGGAAGUCUGAAAAACUGCUCUGGGAUUAUUCAUCUCUGGGGAGGGAGGGUUGUUUGACAAGAUUUGAAGUCAAUUUGUUGAAGUAACAUUCCACAUAUCAUUCCAUGUAUCAUGUCUAUAAGAUAAUUGUUGACUCCAGUCUUAGCUGAACUUAAGAGUAGUUUGAGACAUUGAAUUCUGGUAGAACCAUAUUGUUCUAUUGUCAAGUUUAAUAGGUUGUGGAUGGGUUUUUUUUAUGUCCUAACCCAAAUCUCCUGCGUAAGGCAGGAAAUGACCAAAGGCAGGGUUUGAACUCUGCACCAUUGUGACUACAGUCUGAAGCAUAUACCACAUGACCUGGCAGCCACCCAUUACUUCAUAUACUUUCAUAAAUAAUCUUUUAAUAUGGUCAAAGUUUUUGUUGGCCUUAAUGUGUGUAAGAAGUGGCCAUUUGGGGGGUUUAAAUUUUGUUAAGCUAUAUAUUGGAGCCUAGUCCUCAACUCAAAAUGCUGACUCAUAACUAGGGCCUUCAGCUGGGGCUAUCCAAUAAUCAUACCACCAUCCCAUGUUACUAUUAGUUUAAAAUGAUCUUGUUAUUAAGCUCAAAUAGUAAUAAAUCAGUCCAGCCAGGUCUACCACUGUUUAGUUAUUCAAACUGAAUUUCUUCAUUAGGCACAAUUGUCAAAACCAGUUUUUCAUAGUCCACUUUUGUAGAUGUUGGUCACAAGUAGAAACCGUUAGAUCCUAUUGGUUCUCUAGUGCAUAAUAAAUAACACUUGAUUAGUUUUAACAUUGGGGGAUCCCUGUCUGGUAAAUUAAUGCCAUCAAUCAAUAAUACAUAUCUUUAACUUUGUUGAAAUGUUUUGAUGUAAAUAUUUUUAUAUUCUAUACAACUCAAAUUUUUAAUUUAUAUUUUAUAAUGUCAUUUUAUGUCAAGAAAACAUUCCAGACUUUAAAUAAACUAUUGUUCAUAUAAUUGAA